UAAUUCCCCCUCUUGUACCGGAAUGUCAAUCAAAUGAAAACAAAAAAAGCGGCGUGAGAAAACUGAAAAGAACGGGCAUCCAGUGCACAUUUCAAGCUUAAUUUCGAUGCAUUGAACGGCGGCGGCGCACCGAAAACAGGAGGCGCAGGAUUACGGAUACGGAAGCUAUGGAAACGGCCAGAAUGGAGACGGCGAUGGAGACACAUUUUAUGGCCAAAAUGGGGAAGUGGAUGACCCCUGAGGAGGAGGCGCGUCAAAAGUUCAUCAUGAGGGAGCGGGACCGCGAGCGGAAACGGAUCAAGCGCAUGAAUCCCGAGUACAGGCAGAUGGAACGAGAGCGGGAUCGGUUCCGCAAGCUGACACCCAGGCCCAGUCUGAUGACCCCCGAGGAGGAGGCCCGCCACAAGUUCAUCAUGCGGGAGCGGGAUCGCGAGAGGAAGCGGAUCAAGCGCCUCAAUCCCGAGUACCGGCGAAUGGAACGCGAGCGCGAUCGAUUCCGCAAGAAGGCACGACGUGCUAACGUAGCAUUUUUCCAAUAUUCUAUAUUAUCUAUAAACAUAAUCCCACACUCGAACACUCGAUUCACACGACACACACACACACACUCACAUGGCUUGAGAGAUUAGGGGGUAGGGGCUUAGAAGAUCCCAGGACCGUUGACACUUCUUGAACCCUCCAAACCAGACAAACUCCCACAGUUUCUGUGACCUAAAACACUAUGCUUUAAUAUGUUUUCCCCCAUUCUGUUUCUGUAUGCGCCUACAGUUGACCCCCGAUGAGGAGCUGCGACUGAAAAUGAUCCAAAGGGAGCGGGAUCGAGAAAGGAAACGAAUCAAGCGAAUGAAUCCGGAGUACAGAAGGCUGGAGCAGGAACGUGACAGGGAUAGGAAAAAGGCUCGUAGGGCCAACGAGGCCUUCAGGCAGCUGGAAAAGCUAAGGGAUAAGAUCCGAAAGGAUCGAAAGAAGGGCUUGCUUGUCACGGAUCCGACGCAGCUGCCGCCGGAAUUCGCAGCCAUGAUACCGCCAGUGCCUGUGGUUAAGCCCGAAGUAGGUGUGUCACCAGCCCCGCCCCCAGGCCAGCAGCAACCCACGCCACAGCUGCAGCAACAGCAGCAGCAACAGUUGCAGCAACACCAGCAGGUGCCACAGCAACAGCAGCAGCAUCAGCAGCCUCCGCCCACGCAUCUGCAGGAGCAGCAGUUGAGUCACCAGCUCGCGCAUCAGCGGAACCGAAUGAUGUCUAGCCAACUCACCCAACUGGCCACGCCCCCCGCCCAUGCCUCGCACCUACAGCAGCUGAAUAAGUUGCAGCAACUCUACCCGCCACGCAGCUUUGGCCACCCCGCUUUACCUAUCGCUGGUGUGACGCUGAUGCCGCAGCUUUGUCAUCCCAUCCUGCAUCAGAACCUCAGCGCUACUCUGUAUGCAGGUCCACCGAAUGGCAUCAAGCAGGAGUAUGGACAGGAUAUCUCCGCCUCGGCUAUGGCUGCUGCGCAGGCGGCGGCACUGGCCUCGCUGAGGAAUCCGCAACAGCAGCAGCAACAGGAUGAUUCAGAAAUGGUCAUUAGUCUCGAACCGGAGAUAGUUCUCCAGACAGGUCCCGAUGUAAAUCCCGCCCAGCCACCUCCGCAGCAACAGCAUCUUUUCAGCGCCCAUCAGCACCAGCAGCAGCAACAGCAGCAGCAGCAGCAGCAACAUCAUCUGCAGCAGCAACAGCACUGCAACAUGUUCCAGCAUAUGGCCCCUCAGGCGCACAUGCAACACAUGCGCUCACUGCCGCCUCCGCCGCCGCCCCCCUCGCUGACCUUGCCACCCCUGCCGCCCCCGCCACCUACAACUCACCAGCAACAACAGCAACCUGCGCCGCCACAGCAACUGCAACAUGCUCCGCAGUGAGCGAUUCUCGCCUGUAGUUCUAAGCUCAACCCUCUAGCCAGCUAAACGCAUCCGAAAGUUUGAGGGCACACACACCUGGAGUUGUGAUCGAAUUAGCUAUGUGAUUUACAAUUCCAUUUGCCUAAAUGUAUUACGUUGCCAUAAUUGCUCGAGUACGAAAUGGUAUUUGUAAUUACAAAUCUAACAAGCAUUCAAGCAGAGAGCUAUGUGGUGCUGAAAAUGCAAUAGAAACUAUUCUUAUUAUACCCGUUACUCGUAGAGUAAAAAGGUAUACUAGAAUCGUUUAAAAGUAUGUAACAGGCGUUUUCGACCAUAUAAAGUAUAUAUAUUAUUGAUCAGGAUCAAUUGCCGAGUUAUCUGACCAUGUCCGUCUGUCCGCAUUAACGUCGAGAUCUGAGGAACUAUAAAAGCUAAAAAGUUGAGAUUCAGCACACACAUUCUAGGGAUAUUUUUGGAUAUUUUUCCAUAAUUUUUCAUUAGUCUUGUAAAUGUCUAUCGAUUUGACAAAAAACCUUUUUCCCACGCCCACUCUAACGGCGCCGAACCUUUCACGCCCACACUUUUAAACAAUUUGUAAUUUUUUUCUCAUUUUAUCCCUCCCAAUACCUAACGAUAUCCUAGAAAAAUUAUAUUUCGCGUUCGCAUUCACACUAGCUGAGUAAUGGGUAUCUGAUAGUCGGGAAACUCGACUAUUUCAUUCUCUCUUGUUUUUUUUUUAAGAAAUUUUUACUUCCAAAGUGAAACUUGUUAGGUUAUUUUUUAGUGUAGAAAGGGAAUUAUUUUUCUCAAAACAAUUCAGUUUUAUCAAUAGGACACAGCAAAUCUUCCCUACUUUUUGUUCGAAUUAUAUGCAAAAACAAUUGCCAUUUUAAAUCCUAUUUACAUUGUCGUCAAAAAUAGUUUAUUUUGUAUCUUUGGACUAAAAACACAUUGUGAUAAAAUGCACCAUGAGCUUUAGAGCAGGUGCCAAAACAUAAAAUUUUCCUGUAAUUCCUCAUUCAUUUUAGGUUGGUAGAUUAUUGGUUUUCCUACAACGACUCUUAUUCCUAUUUUGUCACAACUCCAAUAGAUGUGUGCCAAGACCUCAUACGCACACACUCGCACUGAAACACACCCAUGUUUAUUUUAAAGUAUGUUAAGUAGACGCCAUUUUAAAAAUGCCGAUACGUAUUAUGUUGCGUUACGCAAUCCGCAUUACGUUUCUUAAGUGCUUAAGGGCUUCCCCGUCAUAACUUUUUAUGUCGUCAUCGUUUCAAGCAUUUCUCUGUUUUUUAGAUAUGUACGUAUAUUGUUUAGCUAAGUGAUAGGAGACACAAUACUUGCAAGUUUAGGAUGAUACGAUCUACAAUACGAAUUAACGAUAACUGUAUACCUAUAUGAUAUAAUGAUAUAGUAUGGCCAGCCGCAAAAUAAUUAUUACGAAUUUAUGCGCAGAAAAGAGCAAAAUAUAAACAGCAAGCGAUUGCUGAAAAUGG